CUGAGACCACAUCAGCAGUGGAUGACACAGUGAUGCCUGAGACAACCCUUGACACACCAGCUGAAGAUUCACAACAUGAAGCUGAACCGGGACCGGAGACAGAAUGUGACCUCUGCCAGAAACGGCGCGAUGAAAUCAACCGUCUGCUGGAGGAGAACAGGGCCCUGAAAUUAGAGCUUGGUCAGAAAAAAAUGGAUGAAGAUUCCCUGAAGGGUGAUAAUGUGAGGCUGAGGUAUUACACUGGACUACCAAGUGCAAAGAUUUUCAUGUCUCUCUUAGCCACUCUUCUGCCACUCAUGACACGAAGCAGUAGAGUACUGUCACCCUUUCAAAUGCUCAUCCUCACACUCAUGCGCCUCAGACUGAACUUGCCGAUGCAACAUCUAGCCUACGUCUUCAGUGUUGACAGGACCACCAUCUCCAGAACCUUCAAUAGCAUGGUAGAACUUUUGUACUGCACCAUCACACCUCUGAUCGUCUGGCCAAGUCGAGAGGCCCUGUACACCACUAUGCCCCAUCAGUUUGUGGAAGCCUUUGGAAAUCGUGUUGCUGUUAUUGUGGACUGCUUUGAAAUUUUCAUAGAGAGACCAUCAAAUCUUACUGCUCAAGCUCAGGCUUAUUCAAACUACAAGCACAACACAACUAUGAAGUACCUUAUUGGUAUUACACCAUACGGGACCAUUUCUUUCAUUUCCAAGGGUUGGGGGGGGCGCAUCAGUGAUAAGCAUGUCACAGAGAACUGUGGUAUUCUUGAUAGAUUACUACCCAGAGAUGUAGUGUUGGCUGAUCGGGGCUUUGAUAUUUCUGAAAGUGUGGGACUUAUGUGUGCAGAGGUAAAGAUCCCUGCCUUCACAAGAGGACACUGUCAGCUGGAAGCAAGAGAUGUGGAGAGCACAAGAAAACUCGCCCAUCUCAGAAUUCAUGUGGAAAGGGUGAUUGGGGUUGUUCGGAACAAGUACACACUGUUGUCAGCAAAACUACCGAUCAGCAUUGUGUUGCCAUGUGAUGGUGAAGACGUAACAUUUCUGGACAAGAUUGUUUCUGUGUGUUGUAGUCUUACAAACAUGAGCAAGAGUGUUGUGUAAAGUUGAAUGUGUCCACAAUAAAAUGCCAUGACACACAGCCAGAUUUGAGUGCCUUUCUUUUUUAUUUUCAAGUAGUGUAAUGAAAGGUCAGUUUACUUUUACAUCAGAAUUUGUAAUUGUAGUUAAGUCACACUAGUGCAUUCCUGAGAAUAAAGAACUGUGCAUUGGAAAUACUUAAAGGCAAAAAAUGGUAGAACACAAAGUCUUAACAGUAGUGCAAAACAAGUGGUACAGAAAUAUGAGAAUAGUAGUGCAUUCAUGCGAAUAAAGAACUGUGCAUUGGAAAUACUUCAAGGCAAAAAUUGGUACAAAACAUAAAUAAAGUCUUAACAGUAAGUAGUGCAAAACAAGUGGCACAGAAAGAUGAUAUUUUAACAGUAGUGCAAUAUCAGCAUCUCAGAACACAGAGCAGUGUGUUGAAACAUUUUUCUGAAAUGAUGUGAGGCAAAAUAACAGUAGUGCAAUCUGGGAACACAGAACAGUGUGUAACAGUAUGUUAGAACAUAGAACAGUAUGUACAACUGGAUAAAAAUAGUAUGUAUUAACAGUAGUGCAAAACAAGUGGCACAGAAAGA